AUGGUGCUAGAAGGCAUCAGACCUAGUAUUUAUACCUUCAAUAUAUUGAUAGAUGCAUUUUGUAAAAAGGGGAGGAUAACCAAAGCUGAGGCAAUAGUUGGUAGGAUGAUGAAAUGUGGUACAAAGGCUGAUGUUAUUACUUACAAUGCUUUAAUGGAUGGGUACUAUAUGAUGAAUAAUGUUGAUGAGUCGAAGAAGGUUCUUAAUAGAAUGAUCAAAAGUGAUGUGUUGCCUGAUGUUUUCAGUUACACUAUCUUGAUUAAUGGGUUAUGUAAAAUGAAAAGGAUUGGUGAAGCCAUGGAUCUCUUUCAAGAAAUGCAAUGCAAAAGUUUGUUUCCUGAUAUUGUGACAUAUAGUAGUCUUAUUGAUGGCCUGUUCAAAUCACGAAAGAUCUCAAACGUGCAUGAACUUAUUUACGAUAUGCAUGGUAGUGGUCAUCUACCAAAUAUAGUAACCUACAAUGCCUUGUUAGAUGGUUUGUUCAAGAGCCAGCGUCUUGAUGAAGCAAUUAUGCUAUUUAAAAAAAUGGGCGUCCUGGGAAUACAACCUGAUAUUUACACAUAUACCAUUCUUAUUGAUGGCUUGUGCAAAGGGGGCAGGUUAAAUGCUGCACAACAGAUUUUUCAGUAUCUUUUAGUCAAAGGCUAUCGUUUGGAUGUCCAAGCAUAUACUGCUAUGAUCAAUGGACUUUGUAAGGAGGGCUUGUUUGAUGAGGCAAAGACAUUACUUUUUCAAAUGGGAGAGAAUGGAUGCCUCCCAAAUUUGUAA